CCCCGCCACAACCCUCACCAUGCAGCGCGAGCACCUCGACAAGGUGCUCUCGAGCUACCAGCACAUCGGCAACGUCGUGUACGACAUGACCACGUCCUCCUCCGCGCGCGACGCCCACUCCCUCCUUCGCUGGUUCCUGCUGGACAUGCCCAUCGUCCCGUUCCUGCUCGCCUUCCACUGCACCUUCGCCGCGCUCAACAUCCACCGCGUGACGAGCGGCCGCCAGUUCUGGCUCAAGACGCUCGUGCUGACGACCUUCGCGGCCUUCGGCGGCUCGACGCUGGCCAACGUCCUGUCGGGCCAGCCGGCGCCGCUGUUCACCGUGUCGUCCAACUACAUGAUGAGCUACGUCACGAUCGCGUGGUACGUCAUCAACCACAGCCGCGCGGCUCGCGCGGUGCUGUCCUUCCGGCCCGUGCUGGCGGUGCUGGCGUUCGGCGCGACGGCGGCCAAGGUGCGCUCCAUCCUGUCGUUCAUGGACGGCUUUGUGGUGCGCUUCCCCGACGCCGUGCUCGGCGCCGUCGUGCUCAGCGGGCUCGCCGGGUCGGGCGGCGCGCUCUUCGUCACCCUGGAGAAGAUCGUGCAGGACGGCCUGCAGACGUCGUCCGACUUCUCCAACCCCGGUUGGAGCUUUAAGAGCGCGUACCUGGCGGCCUGCGUCUACUACGUGGCCACGGACCCUGUGGGGUGGAUCGCGGCGCAUGCGCCGUUUGCAACUGUCACGUUCGACAAGGAGGAAGUGCGAUUUGCCGUUUCCCUCGCGCUUUGCACGCACGCCGCGUUUGACACGCUGUAUGGGAGGCACGUUAAUCCCUUGUACCUCGUUGAGGAGGUGCUGUGCGCGCUCACAGGGGUGAGGAAACCGAUAAUGGUGGAGCAGGUGCCGACCAGCUUGAUCAGCUCAGAUCGGAAGGAAUAUGCUGGCAAGAAGGACGGAGGAGCGAGAAAAGGGAAGCAAGGCGAGGGGCUUCGAUCACGGAAGGAUAAAGCGCGCGUGCAUUGAUGGAGUUGUCUCACCCUCGGGGGUGAGAUGCACUGCUUUCAAGAAAGCUUAGUCCUCCACGGGCGAGCGAAGGAGGAGGCUUCUGUGAAAAUAACUUGACGACAAGUACAGGACGCCAUUUUGGGAGCGAAAAGUAAAAACGCAGUCGCUGCUUCCAAAUCCCGACCACACUUUGACAAGUUUG